CCGCCCUGGGCCGCACCAAGUCAGUCACUUCAAUCCAACAACCACCGCCGUCGACAAACCACCACCCCUUCCUACUUUCUUUUCAAGCGACCCUUCGUCCCCAGCAGCCAAUAUGUCGGACUCUACUGUUGGCCAGACGAAGCAGUUUGGAAAGGGCCAGAGGACCGUUCCGCACCACACCCAGAAGGCCCAGAAAUGGUACCCCGUGGAUGACGAACCCCAGCCAAAGAAAGUUCGCAAGAGCAUUCAGCCCACGAAGCUCCGGGAAACCCUCCAGCCUGGUGCUGUCCUGAUCCUCCUGGCCGGUCGUUUCCGUGGCAAGCGUGUUGUUCUCUUGAAGCAUCUGUCCGAGGGUGUUCUCCUCGUGACCGGCCCCUUCAAGAUCAACGGUGUUCCUCUCCGCCGAGUGAACCACCGUUAUGUCAUUGCCACCAGCACCAAGGUCGACCUGAAGGGUAUUGACGAGAAGGUCCUUGAGAAGGUUUCCGAGGCCGACUACUUCACCAAGGAGAAGAAGGCCGAGAAGAAGACCGAGGAGGCUUUCUUCAAGCAGGGAGAGAAGCCCGAGAAGAAGAAGGUCACCAGCGCCCGCGCCAGCGACCAGAAGGCCAUCGAUUCGGUUCUCCUGGCCAACAUCAAGAAGGAGCAGUUCCUCGGCAGCUACCUCUCCACCAGCUUCAGCCUCCGAAACGGUGACAAGCCCCACGAGAUGAAGUGGUAGAUGGCAGCUAUGGGACCGCGGGUUAGGUGUGUUGGAAAGGGGAAUGUUUUCACGAGAGGCGGCUACUAAGUUUUCUUCCGAACAAAGUUGGGCAACCAGUUGUGGAACAUUCGUCUUGUGGGAACGCAAAUGGCAAAACGCGGGAGGAGAGCUCACGAAAUAUGUAACUUGAUGCGGAUACCUUUUUCUUUUCUCUAGGAAAAAUGUGUCACUCGGGAAAGACCCCGGGAUGUUAUAAUUUCAACCUACAGCCCUCCCAGCGCGGCCGGUUUGCGAAAAGACCAAAAAAUAUGAAAUACUUUUUUCCACCCAGUCAGCAUGUGCCCACACAUGAGAGGCUGGCAUGUCUUUCUAAAACAUCGCAAUGCAUGGUACAAUCUUCUCCAAUUCCAAACUCCGAUACGAUUCCGAUCUCCGCAUAAAAUGUGAACCCCCGACCUAGAUCCCAC